AUGUUAGCAAUGAAAGGGAACAUAGUAUUCGCAUUUUUAUUUCUUUACAUAGUUGGUUUUGCGGGUAAGUCUGGCCCGGGCUUCAAUUUAAGCGGAGUGAAGGGAGUUUCCGGGACUCCGUUAAGUAAUUACCCAAGAAGUUCACAAUUUUAUACUAACGCUGAGGUUGGGAUCUAUUAUCCGAACCACGGAAUAAGAAAUGCCUAUCAGGAAAAUAUCGCAAAUCCUCCACAUAAAGAAGUUAUUGAAAUUUUGGUUUUUGAAGAUGAUUUGAAGAACUUUCGAAACGGGCCUUAUCAAUAUCCUCCUCUAAGCAUUUUUUUUAACAAUGGGCAAGGAAACAGAUUCAAUACAAAUCCAGUUGUAGAUCAUGAUUAUUUUUACGGUGAUACCAGAAAACAUAUUUUUUUAAAUUUAAAUGAACCAUCAGUGAAACCCAACAAUAAACUUACACUACCAAUAGAAUAUCAAGAACCUCAGCAUUUAAAAAAUGAACCUGAAAAAAACGAUGAAGGUAGUGCCACCACAGAACCAACUGCAAUUUUAGGACUACCUAUACUCAUAUCGACGACUGAAAUCAAUCCGGAUCGAGUGGUUUUUACUACCAGUUCGGAAACACCAUCUCAAAAGCAAUGUAUUCAGGACUGUGAGUCGUCUUCGGCUUAUAGCCCUGUAUGCGGUUCUAACAAUGUGACAUUCUUCAAUGAAGAAAAAUUCAUCUGUGCACGGAAUUGUGGGAUUAGUAAGUAA